AUGGCGACAACGCAGGACAGUUCCAGCGCCGCCGCGCGUAUAGACACAGACUUGUACAGCCGACAAAUCGGCGCUUUCGGCCUCGAAACGAUGGGAAAACUCAUCACUCUACGCGUCCUCAUCUCGGGACUGCGAGGCGCUGGCGCUGAAUGCGCGAAGAACUUGAUCUUGGCGGGGCCCAACACCGUGGUCCUUCACGACCCUGCGCCGUGCGAAAUGCGAGAUCUGGGGAGCAACUUUUGCCUCACCGAGGCGCACGUGCAAAAGAGGCUGAGUCGAGCAGAAGCCUGCAAAAACGACUUGGCCGAACUCAACCAAUAUGUCACUGUCGAGGUUCUGCCUGACGCCAAACUCACAGAGGAAAUCGUGGCGCGCUUCGACGUGGUGAUUGUGACGGAGGCCGGGAACGAGGAGCUGAAGCUCUACAACAGGUUCUGUCGCGCGGCGCCUCGGCCGGUCGGUUUUGUGGCGACGAAUGUGUUUGGCCUGGCGGCGUCGAUCUUUGUGGAUUUUGGCGAGCGGUUCGUGUGUCUAGACAGCGACGGGGAAGAGCCGAAGGAGGUGAUUGUCGCGGGCAUUACUCACGAGCGCGCGGCGACAGUCCACACACACACGGACAAGUUGCUGCCUUUCCAGGAAGGCGACUUUGUUGUGUUUCGCGAAGUGCAAGGCAUGGAGGAAAUCAACGAUCUGCCGCCGAUGCCGAUUCGCGUGACGGGGAAACACAGCUUCCAGAUCGGCGACACCUCAGCCUUCUCGCCGUACGCCUCUGGAGGGAUUGCUCGUCAAGUGAAGAUGCCCAAGACGAUCCCUUUCAAGUCCUACGAGGCGGCGUGCCGCGCGCCGGUUGCAGAUGGCGAGGCGAUGCUGAUUGUCCCCGACUUGGGAAAGUUCGGGAGGUCGGAGCAGCUGCAUCUGGCCUUCCAGGCAGUGCUGAACUUCCGGGAUCAGAGCGGAAACGACGCGCUUCCCCAUCCGCUCGACGCCGCGCGCGCGGGUCUCCACCGGCAAGCUGUGGCGGCGUGCGUCGCGGAGGCGAAGCGCCUGAACGAGGAGGCGCGGCUUCGCGCAGAAGAGGAAGGGAAGAAAGGGGACCACGGCGAGAAGGGCAUUGUUUUCGUCGAUGAGGUCGACGAGAAAAUCGUGUCAAACGUCGCAGCCUUCGCGCAGUGCGAGAUCUCGCCGAUGGCUGCCUUUGUCGGCGGCGUCGUUGCACAAGAAGUCGUCAAGUUCACUGGAAAGUACACCCCUCUCCGCGGUUUCCUGUACAUGGACGCCUUCGAGACGUUCCUCCCGCCCGAGGCGAAGGCGGCGAUUGUCCAGGACACGAAGAACGUUGCGAGCUUCUCGCUCCAGAGCCGCUACGCAGACCAAGUCGCCCUCUUCGGCCCGGAGUUCCAAAACCACCUCGGCCGCAUGCACGCAUUCGUCGUCGGCGCAGGCGCUCUCGGAUGCGAACUCUUGAAAAGCCUGGCCCUCAUGGGCUGCGGAUGCGGCCCAGAGAAGGAGGGGAAAAUCACCGUCACCGACAUGGACCGAAUCGAGGUCUCAAACCUCAAUCGCCAGUUCCUCUUCCGCAGAGAACACGUCGGAAAAGCGAAGAGCGUGACUGCAGCCGCCUCAGCGCGAGCUAUGAAUCCGGAUCUACAGAUUGUCGCUCUGGAGGAUCGCAUGGGCGUCGAGACGGAGGCGACAGUCUUCACAGACGAUUUCUGGCAAGGCCAGCAAAUCAUCAUCAAUGCUCUCGACAACAUCCAGACUCGACAGUAUGUGGACGGCCGGUGCGUGUGGUUCGGCUUGCCGCUCCUGGAGAGCGGCACGCUCGGAACAAAGGGCAACGUCCAGGUCGUGUUGCCCUCGUUGACGCAGUGCUACUCCGACAGCGCCGAUCCGCCUGAGGACUCGAUUCCCCUCUGCACGUUGCGCCACUUCCCGCAUGCAAUCGAGCACACCAUCGAGUGGGCCCGCGACUGCUUCCAAGGCGUCUUUUGCGACGCUGUCGGCGAGCCGAACAAAUUCAGAGAAAACCCCGAAAAGUACCUCGAACGCCUCAGAGGAGAGGGCAUUCUCUCGGUCCAGAAGGAUAGACUGGAGAAGAUUCGUGAUCUGAUCUCUCAGUGGCAAGACAAGGACACAAAAGCCUUCUCUCCGCCCUCCUUCGAGCGAUGCGUCGAGAAGGCCGUUCUUCUCUUCCAAGACUUGUUCUUUAACCAGAUUUCGCAGCUUCUCUACUCCUUCCCCCUCGACCACCGCACCUCUGAGGGGACUCUCUUCUGGGCUCCGCCCAAGAGGCCACCCACGCCGAUUUCCUUCGACGCAAACGACCCGGCUGCGCUCGACUUUGUUGUGGCUGCCUCCAACCUCUUUGCAUUCAACUUUGGCCUGUCCGCAGUUAGGGACAGGGCGAAGAUCCAGGCGAUUGCGGCGCAAGUGGCGAUUCCUCAGUUCACACCCAAGAGGCUGCAGAUCAACACGGACGAAACGGAGCAAAAGCCGAACGGGAAUGGCGCUCAGGCUGGAGCCUCCGUCCCUGCGCCCGCCCGACUGAGUCUCUCUCUGAGCACCGAAGCGGAGGAAGAAACUGUCGCGCGCCUGGAAAAGGAUCUCCUCGCCACGACGGACUUGCAGAAGAUGGUUUUCGUCCCGGUGGAGUUCGAGAAGGACGACGACACGAACUUCCACAUCGAUCUGGUGCAUGCAGCGUCGACGCUUCGAGCGCUGAACUACAAGAUUCCUUGCUGCGACAGAUACAAGACAAAGAUCAUUGCGGGUCGUAUCAUUCCUGCGAUUGCCACCACGACGGCGAUGAUUACCGGCCUGGUCUCGCUGGAGCUGCUCAAGACUGUCACCUACAAACAAAGGAAGUUGGAGGAUUUCAAGAACGCCUUCGUCAACCUCGCCCUGCCUCUCUGGCUCUUCAGCGAACCCAUGCCUCCGAACCGAGUCGUGGACAAGGACUUUGAUCCCGUUGCAUGCGGUCCCAUCCGUGCGAUGCCCAAAGGCUUCUCCUGCUGGGACAAAAUUCAAGUGGACAUUCCGGGAUGCACCGUGCAGCAGCUGUGCGAGUUCCUGGAGGAGAAGUUUGACGUCGAAGUCAACAUCCUGUCCGUAGGAAACUUUUGUCUCUACAACAGUUUCCUCCCCGUCCACAAGCAACAACGCUACAAAAAGUCGAUUGUGCAGCUCGUCGAGGAAGUGACAAAGACGCCGAGCCAGCAAUCCGUCGCGGUGGAGAGCAGUUGCAGCGCCAAGAGCGACGGUGUGGACGUGCUUCUCCCCACGAUCCGUGUGCUCAACAAAUGA